AUGCUGCGAUCCCUCAGGACUGUCAAGCACGUCCCAGCGAGCUCACGCGCAGCUCGCACGGCGCUCAUUCGGCCAACGUCACUUGCUCGGCCUACUCACGCGGCGAGUCGACCCACCUUACAGAACUUGCAAAAGCUUCAGCGGUUUUCGAAUUCGAGCUAUACAGCGUGUCGGAACUUCAACACGUCCCCCGCUGGGAUGGGUGUGAUGCACUUCAAGCUACCGGAUAUUGGUGAAGGCAUUGCCGAGGUUGAAAUGCUAAAAUGGCAUGUCGAGGUUGGGCAAAAGGUCCAACAUUUCGAUGAUCUCUGUGAGGUCCAGAGCGACAAGAGCACUGCCGAGAUCAGCUCUCCGGUGGACGGAAUCAUCAAAGCCAUCAACUUUACAGACGGACAAAUGAUACAGGUUGGACAGGUCUUGUGUGAGAUCGAGACGGAAGGCGAGGGGACCGAGGAGUCGCACGUUUCGGACCCUGCGCCAGCGGAAGAACACGUCUCGGAAGCUGCUGGUACAGGUCUGAGCCACUCGCCAUCCGACGCUGGGCAUACCGUUCCUCCGCGGAUGCAAGCGGAAGGAGGAGACAGAACUGUUGGAGCGGAGGUCAAACGAUCAGAAGCACGAUCAGAGGAACACAUACAGGAUAUGGAGGGCGAAGCUAAGGGAUCUUCCUCGUCCGAGCCAUCUUAUCAAAUAGACGAAGCUGCCGAAUACUCUGGAGGUGCUCGUUUCCAAGGCGAAGCAUCCAUACUCCCUUCCGCUCCAUCACCUACAAGUCGCGCGGAGCACAUCACGCCGGUGGCAAGACGCGAGCCAGAAAAGAGGAUCGAGAGGAAGGUCGUCUUGUCGUCACCUGCCGUCCGAGCACUCGCGAGGAGAUUAGACGUCGACCUGGAAUACGUCAAAGGGUCAGGAGAGAAAGGCAGGAUAAGAAAGGAAGAUGUCGAGGCGUACAUCAAGUCGAGAAAUGCGAGCUCUUCUGUUGAGUCGUCGCAGCCGAUACGGAGGUCUGUGUCGGAUGCAGAGCGCCCCAAGGAGCCCGAGUCUACUAGAGUUGAGUUUGGAAGGACACGGAAAGUCAUGUGGAAGGCUUUAGGAAUGCAAGGCACUGUACCCCAUUUCGGCUAUUCCCACACGCUCAACUUGACACCCCUGUUACCACACCUCAAGGCUCUCAACCCCUCGCCUUCCGCUACGUCCUCAAAAUCGUACCUCGCUUCCGACAUGCCACCUUCCCUAUCCCGAGAUCCUCUGCCUGCUUCCCCGGCCAAGACAACACUAUUAACGCUUUUCGUCAAGGCCUUGUUGAUGGCGUUGGAGGAACAUCCAAUCAUGAGAUCAAGGGUAAUGAGCAAGGAGGAUCAGAGAUGGCUGGAGGUUAGAAGAGAUCCAAUAGUUGGCAUUGCCGUGUCAGACCCCAAACACGGCCUUCUGACUCCAUCUCUUCCACCGCUUCCACCUUCCACCUCUGUCAAUCAAAUCACAUCUCACCUCUCUGCCCUUCGUGCUAAACCUACUACGCCGAGUCCCCCAUCCAGCGUCGUGAUAUCGUCCGUUGGAGGUCUGGGCGAAUCUACGGGUGCUAUGCCUGUCAUCCCACCGGGAGGCCCAGUGGCCAUCUGCGCGAUCGGCAAGGCCGUUUGGGAGAUCGAGUGGGCGCUCAAAGAUGCCGGGACCAAGGUGGACCCACUGGAUGUGGAAAGAGCGGGUACCAAGGCCGUCUUGAGAUGCCCAGUCGGCUGGAGCGGAGAUCAUCGUGUGCUGGAAGGAGCGGAACUCAUCGCAUUCACGGAGAGUUGGAAGAGGUAUAUCGAAGAGCCCUGGCGUUGGCUUCGAUUAGAUGGCUAG